CUAUAAAUUCCUUUUUGAUGCUCUGCGUUGCCUCAACGCAGCCGCCGAGCUCCACAUACAUCCACCAUGCCCGCCCUAUUCCUACCGGACUCUCCCACCGAAGAAGUUAAGACCACAAAAACUAAGAAGCUGUUGAAACCCGAUCCUAUGUCCCCGGAUUUGAAUGGCUUCGCCGAGGAGGAUAAAUUGAGCAAGAAGAAGAAGAAGCACGAGAAGUCCAAGCCUGAGGAUGGCGAGAGGAAGAAGAAGAGGAGGAAAUCCGUUGAGGAAGAUGAAUCGAGCAAUACCUCCUCCGACGCGGUUGAACCCGCCUCGAUUAAGAAGGUGGCGGUGAAUGGAUCGCUGUCGAAGAAGGCGAGGGUCAUUGAGGAGGAAGUGGAGGGUGACGGGGAACUCACUGGGAGUGGAGAGGAGGAUGGUGGAGAUGCCGAUCCAAAUGCGCUUACGAAUUUCAGAAUCUCCAAGGUUUUGCGGGAGAGGUUGAACUCCAAAGGGAUAAAGGCGCUGUUUCAGAUCCAAGCUAUGACUUUUGACAUGGUUUUUGAGGGCUCUGAUUUGGUUGGCAGAGCACGGACGGGUCAGGGUAAAACGUUGGCCUUUGUUUUGCCUAUAUUGGAGUCCUUAAUCAAUGGGAUGCACAAGGCUUCAAGGAGUACUGCUUAUGGUAGGGCUCCAUCUGUACUUGUUCUUCUACCCACGAGGGAGCUUGCUAAUCAGGUGCAUGUGGACUUUGAGUUUUAUGGUGGUGCAGUAGGGUUAUCCUCCUGCUGUUUAUAUGGAGGGUCUCCUUACCGUUCCCAAGAGCUUGCAUUGAGACGUGGUGUUGAUAUUGUUGUUGGAACACCUGGCAGGAUAAAAGAUCAUUUAGAGAGAGGUACACUUGACUUGAAGUCCUUGAAAUUCCGUGUGCUUGAUGAAGCUGAUGAAAUGUUAAAUAUGGGUUUUGUGGAUGAUGUUGAGCUCAUUCUUGGAAAGGUUGCAGAUGCUAACAAAGUCCAAACACUUCUAUUUAGUGCUACCCUUCCUGAUUGGGUGAAGAAGAUAUCAGCAAGAUUCCUAAAACCGCUGAAAAAAACUGUUGAUCUUGUUGGUAAUGAGAAAUUGAAAGCUAGUGCCAGUGUUAGACAUCUGGUUCUCCCCUGUUCCAGUGCAGCAAGGCCACACAUUAUUCCUGACCUCAUUCGUUGCUACAGCCGUGGCGGGCGUACAAUUAUUUUCACAGAGACAAAAGAAUCAGCUUCUCAACUUUCAGGGCUAUUACCUGGAUCGCGGGCCCUGCAUGGUGACAUAAUGCAGACACAACGUGAGAUUAUACUAGCAGGAUUUAGGUCUGGCAAAUUUUUGGUCUUGGUGGCAACUAACGUUGCAGCACGUGGCUUGGAUAUUAAUGAUGUUCAAUUGAUUGUUCAGUGUGAACCACCACGUGAUGUUGAAGCUUAUAUCCAUCGUUCAGGCCGCACUGGACGAGCUGGAAAUUCUGGAGUUGCCAUCUUGCUAUAUGAACCUAGAUACUCUCAUAGCAUUUUUAAAAUAGAAAAACAAUCUGGUGUCAAAUUUGAGCACAUUUCUGCACCUGAGCCUUCAGAUAUUGCUGACAUGGCUGGUUCUGAAGCAGUGGAUGCUAUUCUCAGUGUUUCAGAUAGUGUAGUUCCAGUAUUCCGUUCGCAAGCAGAGGAACUCCUAAACUCAUCAAAUUUGUCAGCUGUGGAAUUACUUGCUAAAGCACUUGCAAAGGCUGCAGGAUACACUACUAUUACAAAGAGAUCACUCCUCUCAUCUUUAGAUGAUUAUGUGACGUUACAUCUUGUAACAGAGAAGCAGAUCUACACGCCAGCGUUUGCUUUUAGUAUAUUGAAGAGAUUCAUGCCUGAAGAAAAGAUUGCAGGAGUGAAGCACCUUUCUAUAACAGCUGAUUGUAUGGGUGCGGUCUUUGAUGUGCCUGCUGAUGAUGUAGAUAGUUUCAUUGAAGGUCAGGAAAAUGCUAGUAUGGUGGCCAUUGAGGUUUUGAAGAAACUUCCUGCCUUGCAGGAGAGGGAUAAGAACAGUAGACCCGGAGGCGGUGGUGGGAGCAGAUUCGGUGGCGGCGGCAGAUUCGGAGGUGGUGGUGGUAAAUUUGGAGGGAGAGGCAAAGAUGGCGGCGGUGGUAGUUUUGGCCGUAGGGGUGGAGGGUUCGGUGGCGGUCGGGGAGGAGGCGGCGGGAGAAAUUUCAACAGAAGAAACUGAAGCUUAUUUCAAUUACAUCAGUAACAUGAUAGUUUAUAUUGUUACAUGGUAAUUGCCUGUUUCCAUUUUUGGCGGCAAAAUUUUAUGGCUGCAAUAGAGCUGUUUUUAUGUCUGCUUAUCAGUGCUUUUUAAAGUAUGGAUUUGUUUAAGAUGACAACCAAAGCUGCUAUUUUUUAUUAUUUAAAUGAAUUUAUGUUACUUCAUAUUUGGUUUGUUUAAG